UAAUUAAUUUAUCCAAUAGGCUCGAUAGGGGUGGGCAGUGGUCGCGACACCGGGCGCCGGGAUGUGACCGACGACGACGAGAUUGACUACAUUUUGGGCGGACUUAUGAGGGAUGGCGACCCGAACCGGCCCUGGCCUGAGUCCGAGUCGGGACUCAAGUUUGAGAUAUGCGAAAAAUAUUUAGCCAAUUGGAUGGAUGUUUUGGAAUACGUGCUAACAAAAUACCCUGAGCACUCGGAGCUACAUACAAUGAUGCGCGUAAUGAUCAGCGAGGCACUUCGGAUCAGGCACAUUAGCUGUUUCACCAGCACUGUUCACACGAGCAAACUGUUAAAAUUUCACAAAGAAGUUAAUAGUAAGGCCGAUACAAUUAAGGGGCUCCGGGAACAAGCAAUUAACGUGUUUACACUGGCCGCUCAGCCAACUGGUAAUAAUUUUACCCUGGAUGACAUUUUCUGUUUUCACAUGUGGUUCGCCCGGGAACGGGACUCCCUAUUACCGUCCGACACACAAAAGUACCAAAACUCGCUGAAAGAGAAAUCCCAGAAAUCAUUGAGCAAGUACUUUUUAAAAGUGGUCGGCCAUAACAUACCCAAUGAGUGCGAUUUUGCCAAAUUGCGUACAAACGCCCCGACAAUCACCACUGAAUCCAAGCGCCAGUCCAUGGGUUUGGCGCUUAUCGAGGCCUUUGCCAAUCAAUUAAAACAAUGAUUAAGAUAAACAAUAAUUUUAUUUAUAUAAAAUGAAAUAAAUUG